AUGGCCGGUGUUGAUGUCCUCCGUCCCGACCACAAGCCCGUCCGCCCUGAGAAUGAGUUCUGGGGUUCCACUUCUUCGACUGCCCAGCCCCGUCACGUUCCUGAGUCACUGAAAACCUACCAGCAGCUCGCUGUCAUGGCUCAGGGCAGCAACUGCAUGGACUCCAAGAUCAACGAGACCCUCGGCGAUGCUACGCUCCUUUACCAGUGGGGAGAUGAUGACAAGAACCAACGCAUGCACAUUUACCACUCGAAGUCGAUGGGUAUCACUUUCUCGUGGGCUGGUAUGAACAUUUCGAGCAUUUCUUCCCUUCUUAGCUCUGCUGACCUUUUCCUUGUGGACGCUGACCCCGAGAUCUUUGGCUUCCUCGCCCCCGGCACCAAGGUCUACCAGGGUUUCCAGGCGGCUUACAAGCGUGUUGCCCCUAUUGUUGAGAAGAAGGUCAAGGAGUACUCCCACAAGUACAACGAUACUCGUGUCUCGUUCACCGGUCUCUCGUUCGGUGCUGCCCUCUCUGCGUUCGGUGCGAUGCACAUGAACCACGCCAUGAAGGAUGCCCAGAUCCACAAGGUCGUUGUCAUGGGCCUUCCCCGUAUUGGUAACCCCACCUGGGCCAAUGAGGUUGACAAGUAUCUGAAGGGCACCUUCUACUACACUGUCAACGGUGACGACCUUGUGUCGCGCCUUCCCCCCCGUGAACUUGGCUACCAGCAGCCAUCGGGCCAGAUUUACAUUAACCCCGCGAACUCGUCCAGCUGGAAGUUCUACCCCGGUCAGGAGAACGUGCACGGCUCGGACUCGCAGUGGGGCUUCAGCAUUCAGGACCACACCGGUGUGUACUACGACGUGCCUGUCGGUGGUGUGUUUGGCCCUUGCCCUCCCCAGGUCCCCAAGGCCCUUGAGAACAACUAA